AUGCAGCAAAUUGUCUCUGUGCUAGGGGGAUUUGAGAAGGCAACACGAGAAAUGUCAAGUGAGUCAUUCAUCUCAGUGUCAAAAAUAAUUCCUCUGGUUCACUUGCUGCAAGGUGCUCUUGGUGGCAGUUCAACUCAAGUUGUUAAUGAGUCCCAAUCGCUUGAAUCUAAGCUCAAAGCAGAACUGAAGCGUCAAUUGAAAAGAAGAUUUUCCCAACUAGAGUCUAACCAUACUGUUUCGCCAUCAACUAUUUUAGAUCCGCGAUUCAAGAAAAUUGCUUUUUGCAGUGCUGAUAAUGCUGAACGAACUAUUGAUAGAAUUUCAGCGGAAGCUUGUAACAUAAUCACGAAUGAUACUAAUGAAAGCGGCACAUCGAUGUCAGCGA